CACAGAACGGAGAAGAACACAAAGCGUCUCUUUUCAUCGAAUUCAAUGGCUUUCUGGGGAGUUGAAGUGAAGCCAGGAAAGCCUUUCACUCUCAAGGCGGCUACUAAUGAUGCCAAAAGACUUCACCUUUCCCAGGCGACAUUGGGGCUUAGUAGUUCGGGAACAAACAGAAGCAUUCUUCAGUGUAACGUUGGGAACAAAAGUCCACUCUUCCUGUGUGUCCUGUCUCCCGAAAAGGUUGAUUCCUGCCAACUCAACAUCGAGUUUCAAGAAGCUGAGGAUGUUAUCUUCUCUGUCAUCGGUCCUAGGAGUGUUCACCUCACUGGCUACUUCCUUGGAAGGAGUAGCACCGCCGGUUUGAGCCUAAAUGAUGACGAAUCGGAGUCGUUUGGAGAAGACAUUGUUGACACAGACGUGGAGAAAGGGAGCAGUGAUGAUUAUGACUACAGCGACAGUUUCAUUAAUGAUGAUGCUGAUCAUCCAUCUUCUACUGACGAUGAUGACUUGACUGUUAAGGAGAGGGUAGCUAAAACAAAGGCAAAGAAGGGAAAGAAAAGACUAAGGAAGAAGUUUCAAGUCUCUGAUUCGGAUUCUGAUGAAACAUCGGCCAGAGCGGCCAGUGAGGACUCCGUAGAGAUACUUAACGGCGAUAAUGACCACAAGACCCCGAAGGUCCUUUCUUCAGAGGUUCCUUUGCCUUCAAGGGUCACGAGGUCGAAGGCAAGAUGUUCGACUUUGGAAAAUGGUGAGAAGACAUCAGAAGCAACAACUCACACACACAAGGAUGUGGAUAAUAAAAAGGAGGAGAAACCAUCUGGGGACGUUGAACCUUCUCCCGUUAAGAACGGCUCUGAAGUGCUUUCGAAGAAGGAGAAGAAGAAGAAGAAGAAAAGAAACAAGGAACCAGUUGUUAUUAACACAGACGAAGAUAUGCCUGGAAGUCAGAAGCCAGAGACUGACAAAGCAAUUGAAUCAUCAGCUGAUGUAACUCUGUCAAAGCAAAAGAGGAAAAAAGAGAGGAGAGAGGAGACUAGAGAGAGGAAGAAACAAGCUACCGAAAAGAACAUGGAGAAAGAAGCUAGUAGUACUAAGAAACUACCAGAAUCAGAGCUUUCUCCAAAUGAGGUGACAGUUGAAGAGAUUGAAAAAGGGAAGUCAGAUGGUAAAGUAGCUGUUCAAGGGAAAAAGGUCAGCAUACUCUAUACUGCGAAGUUGAAGGACACUGGGAAAGUGUUUGAAUCAAACUUGGAAGGAUCUCCAUUAAAAUUUCGCUUAGGUGGAGAAAAGGUCAUAAAAGGUCUCAGCAAUGGUGUUGAAGGUAUGCGAGUUGGUGAUAAGAGAAGACUUAUAAUUCCACCAUCUCUUGGAUACUCAGAGGAAGGAUUGAAGAAGGAAAAUGUGCCUAAGAACUCGUGGCUUGUCUAUGAAGUAGAGACAGUAAAAGUGAGAUGAUGCUAUUGGCUCUUUUUGACCUUUUGAAACAAAAAAGCUUUAAGCUUCUGCCCUGAGUCAUCUAGUUGUCUCCUAUUGCCUCCAAUUUUUCUUAUUAUAUAUCUCUCUCUCUCUCUACUCAGCCUUCGAUGAAUUGACUUGUCACUUUUAUCAUUUUUCUCACAACAAUCUGAAUCCAGGAAAAAAGAUAAAACAUUUUCAUUCUA